GUCAGCAAUAAGCGAUAAUGAGAACUAUCACAUUCUUCCUGAGCUUUGCCAUUUUGGCCACUUUCCUUGUAAGAAACGGUGACGCAGUGGCCUGUGAAUCCCUUAAUCCCGAUUUGCCAGAUGGCUGCACCAAUUGUGAAGACGAGCUAAAUGUGGAUCAUGAAGAUUGCGUUACCACAACAACGGAAAGAGCAACGACGACUACAACAACAACAACCGUCAGAUCGAUUGGAACAGUAACUCUGAGACCCAACCGGAAGAUUGUUCGCCUUACUAAUCUACAAUACACUAAUGUCCGGCGUGUACGAGUAAACCGGAAUGGAAAUACGUCUCGUAACGCAGGACGCAGAAAUAUGAGAAAUGGAAACACAAAUCGCAGACCUCGCAACGGUCGCAAUGUUUUUGUAGUUAGGGGAUAAAUAUCUUUACAUCUAUACAUUUGUUCUCAAAUAAUCCUUUAAUAAAAUAUACCUUUAUAUAAUUAUA